UCAGAGAGAAUGUAACAGAAAUGUAAGAAGGAUCUCCAUUGUUAAAGCUUCAAUAAAGAUAUUCUGCUCUUUCGUUUUUCUCAAUUCUUCUCUCCAGUGAAACUUAUCAUGGUAUCAGAGCCAUCUCUGAUGAAUUUCGAAGAUUUCAGAUCUUCCUGUGCAGCGUAAUCUCUGUUUCAGUUUUUUUCUCUUUGGUUCUCGCUUUCAAUGGCGGACAUGAACUCUACGACUCGACCUCCUAUUGAUAUCCAGAGCGAAUUUCAAUCUAAUGCACCAAGGUUGUUCCAGUUACACAAGGAGAUGGUUACACUUGUUCAAGGUUCUGAUUCUGUGAGUGAAUAUUUCACAAAGCUGAAAGGAUUAUGGGACACGUAUAUGACUAUGGUGACCUUGCCUCACUGUAGAUGUGAUACUGCUGGAAGUUACUCCAAAUUGCUUCAGGAUCAACAUCUGAUGCAAUUUCUCAUGGGAUUAAAUGAUUCCUUCAAAACUGCUAGAGGUAACAUCCUGAUGAUGAAGCCUCUGCCAAAUUUAAACCAAGCUUACAAGUUGAUAAAUCAAGAAGAAUCUCAGAGGGAUUGCACUAAUAUAGCACCUCUGGCAUAUGAAUCCACUGCAAUGGCAUCAAUUCAUCACACAAAAUCUCAGUCCUCUAACAAGCCUGUCUAUGGAAUCACUCCAAGUGGCAAAAAGUCCAAGUACUUCUGUCAACACUGCAAGGUGUUUGGACAUUCCAUAGAAAGAUGCUUCAAAAUACAUGGAUAUCCCAAAACAAACAAGGUUCAGAGUUCUCCAGGGGAUCAAGCUUUUUCUCAUGGAAAAAAGGUGGUUGGAAAUGUGUUUUCUGAAGGGACUUAUGACUACAGUUCUGCUUCCUUAAGCUCUAAUGAAAGUUUCAAAAAUGAUGAAGUGCCAGUCUCACUGGCUCCUUCUCAGUAUAGUCAGUUGAUUGGUCUUUUAAGCAAGGAUGUCCCAAGCAACACAGCUCAUGACAGUAGUCACAGUUUUCUCUCAAAUCACAUGGCUUCCAAUGUUCAUUUGGCAGUUAUUGGUUACUGUUUCUUUUCUCCUUGUGAUAAAACAGAUUGGAUCAUUGACAGUGGAGCCUCUGAUCACAUAAGCCCUCACUUAUCUAAUUUUUCUCCAUAUGAACCUAUUUCUGAGUCUUGUUUCAUCACUAUACCCAAUGGCCAGAGAGCAAAAGUCCUACACAAAGGAAGUGUUAUCUUACAUAAUGGAAUAGAAUUGCUUAAUGUUCUGCAUGUUCCAGAUUUUCAUUACAACUUGUUGUCUGUACAAAAACUUGUUGAUCAACUAUCUUGUUCCUUUGUCUUUUACCCUACCCAUUGUUUGAUUCAGGACUCAAUGAAGAAGAGUUCAUUGCUGGUUGGUAAACAAAGUGGUGGCCUGUAUUUUGUGCAGCAGUGCUCACCUUCAGCUUCUCAUGCUUAUUCUCAUUCCUCUGUUGUCAGUACUGUAGGGGCUGAAUCUCGUGGAGUGCCGAUGAGUUUCCUUAUAGAGCGCAUCAUGGCUCCAACUCUAGAGAAUCUCAAUAGUGAAUGGUAACUAAAUAAAUUAAGAAUCCUUAAUAUAAAGAGUCUGAAUGGUUAAGACCUCUUAUCUGAAUUGAUCAGACAUUUGCCUCUGAAUAGUUAAGCAAUAUACUAGCUCUUAAUGG